AUGUACUCUCCUGCCAAUCCCAAAAUCCUAUACAGGAAUGCCCGGUUCCUCCGAUUAGCUUUUCUGCAGCUUCAUCACCAGCAGCAGACUGGUGUGUUUUGUGAUGUCCUUCUGCAGGCAGAAGGUGAGGCAGUCCCAGCCCAUUGCUGCAUCCUAUCAGCCUGCAGCCCCUUCUUUACAGAGCGCCUGGAGCGGGAGAGGCCAGCUCAGGGACGGAAGGUGGUGUUGGAGCUGGGGGGCCUGAAAAUUAGAACACUAAGGAAGCUGGUGGACUUCUUGUAUACCUCAGAGAUGGAAGUAUCUCGAGAAGAAGCCCAGGAUGUGCUUUCUGCUGCCCGUCAGCUACGUGUAUCUGAGCUAGAAUCCCUUCAGCUAGAGGGUGGAAAGUUGGUAAAGGUUCCUCAGGGCCGAAGACUGAACCGAGAGUGCUUACAGCCUCCAAGUGCUGCACCAAUCUCUGCCAGAGUGGUGGCGCCCAGCCGCCGCCCUCGAACUCCACUGCCUGUUACCCAGACUCCCUGUCCUCCUGGGUCAGUGAGAUUGAAGUCCUUGGGGAAGGAGGAGGGGCCCCAGGAGAAAAGCAACUGGCAGAACACAGAAAACUUGUCUGGCACUCUUCUGCUCAAGAGGAGGGCCAGAGCCUGCCCAACUCCACAAGAAAAAAGCUCUUCACCUUCAAACCACAGUCAGGGCCCUGAGGAGAACACGAGUGACCCUGACCUUGGCCCUACAGCACUUUCCCCACCUAGCUUGUACCCCUCUGUGGACGAGCAACUGUUGCCCAGAAAGAUCAGGCUGAGUCGCUCAAAGCCAUCUCCUGAAAUCUGUACAUCUAAGCCUCCUAGUGUUUUAAGGGGACCCAGCUCAGUGCCUGCAGCCCCUGGCCGGCGUCUUUGGAGACAGAGGAGUAUAAAUAAAGAAGUGCCAGAGGACAAGCAGAAACCAGGGAGACCCAGUCCUCUACAGAGCACCCCAAGCCCAUCUGGUCUCGGAAAGACGGGUGGGAGCAAAAAGCAGAGUCCUGAAGGCAGGGCUCCUAACUCAGACUCUGCAGAGGAGGGACAGAUUGGGAGAGUGAAACUUCGGAAGAUGGUUAACGGAACCUGCUGGGAGGUGGUGCAGGAACCUCCCCUCAAGGACUCUCAGGAUAGCCCCCAGAUCCCAGAACCUGGGGAAAACUUAGAAGAGCCUCCAGGGACUCAGCCAUCCUCAGUUAAUGAGCAGGAAAUAUCAUCUGCUCAAAUAGACCUAUGUCAGGACUCCCCUGUGUGCUCCAGGCUACAAGAUGUUUUGCUUUCUGCCAGCCACUCCCCAGACCACCCAGUGGUGAAGUCUGAGUUUGGGUCCAGUCCAGAGGUGGUAGGGAAGGAACCUGUGUUGGAUAUGGACUGCAGAGACCCCUACACCUUCGACACAGCCCUGCUAGGGCUGCCCUGUGAAGCUGAGGAGUACCGAAUCACAAGUGCUGCUGCCACCAGUGAGCUGGAGGAGAUCCUGGACUUUAUGCUCUGUGGCUCUGAUCUUGAACCACCUAUAGGGUCUCUGGAGAGUCCUGGAGUUGAGGGCUGCAAGACCCCCAGUUAUCACCUGACAGAAACAGGGAAGAACUGGAUUGAAGGGGAAGAAUGGUGUUUGCCAGACAUGGAACUCUGGCCUGGGGAGCUUACAGGAUUGGAAAAGGAACCUGUCGGUGAGAUCAAAGAGCCAAUUGAGCCUCUUAGCCCCCUUGUCAUGCCCUCUGAGAUGAGUGAAAGGGAGGUGCUUUCAGUGGGAGACUCUUGGACUCCAGAACUUGAAAUUACCAGUUCCCAGCCACUAGAUGGUCAGGGAAACAAAUUUCUCCACAUCGACUCCCUUGAUCCUCCCCAAAGUUCCUAUGGAGACCUCCCCCUUCCCUGUUCAAAAUGGGUAGAGACUGGGCUGGAAGUGUCCCCAACUAUGGAUGAGAUAUUGUACCCGGCUCCAGAGGCAGGCAAGGAGAUAUAUGGCAACUCUGAGUUUCUGAGUUCACUUCCUGCCAACCCUGAAGAGGAAGAGAUUGAUGUGGUGGACUGGACAACAGAGGGGAGGCUGGUGCCCACCAGCAUUUCCUCCGUAUGGCCUGACCCUUCCUCAGAGUCAGAAACAGAGGUAGAUAUUAUGACAUAGUGGAGAG